AUUUGUGAUUACGUACAUCGAGUUUGUGUUUUGUUUACGUUUCUAACCGGAAGGAAGAUUGCCCAAGUCGGGUUUACGUUUUUUUGCUGCCCGUGCUCUUUUUUUUAAUUACUUUAAUAACAAAAGUGAGAUAAAAUAUAACGGAGUUGUGUUCGUGAUGUUUUGGUUUAUAAACCACACAAUGUUUCAUGUCCGGAUAAACUGCUGACUUGCCUGGAACUGUGGACGUAUUUCUUCUUUGCACUUGCAGCCAUGCCUGAAGAGGAAGCGGCGGCCUCUUCCCGUCCUGUCCUGUUUUGCUCCCAGAACAGUCGUACGGUCUCUGUGGUUAUCUUCUGUAAUCUCUCGCGGCGCCGUGUAAGACCCGUGUGGGUGGACUUCAAAGGGGAACCGCAGCCAUAUCCCGUCGUAGAGCCAGACUCUGGGGGUAGUAGGAUGAUCACAUAUUUGACUCAUCCUUGGCUCUUCAGAGAUGCAGACACUGAUGAUCGACUUCUUGCCAACCAGCAGCAGGUGUUUCUCCCUUCUCCUAAUGUGGAUGGACAGCCAGGAUAUGUAAACAUUACACUUCCAGUUUACAGUCUGAAGGAAAGAUGUUUGCAAGUCAUCCGUAAACUUGUGAAGUCAGAAGACUACAGAAAACUAGAGCUUGUCCAUUCCCUUUACGAUGACCUGGAAAAUCGUCCAGAUGUCCGUAAAGAUAUUGAGAACAUUUCCAGAUUUCUUGCUGAAAGGAUAGGCUACAAAAAGAGAAUGACAGACAAUCAUCAUGACUAGUGUUAGAAAACAGACUGCAGACUUUAGCUAGGCUCCUGCAUUGAAGCCCUAAGGCAGCAGUUGUGUUGCAUUAAUAUUGUCUGCCCUUUCUGUUUUCCUCCAGUGUGGGGAAGAAUAUAGUGGAUGGAAAAGAGCUCUGUAUUUUGAACGUUCCAUUCUGAGAGGAGAUGACAUCUAGAUAGAUACCUUGCAUUAAAACAUUAAAAAUGUGGAUACUAGCUUUGAUGGUUAUGACAGACUAUUAGCCAUGCAAACCACUGUUUUGGCUACAUGUAGAUUAUCAGUAUCGCUUUGUGUUAAGCCUAGUUUGCAAAAAAUGUUACUUUGAGAGAGGUGGUCAGGUGAUGUCCAUUCCUAACUAUGCAUAAGAGAUAGCAAGAAAAAGGGAUGCAAAAGAAAUGAAAAUGAAAAAAAAAAUCUAACUAUUGUAUCACAGUAAAGACAUAUUUAUUUUUACUUAAGAUACACAGUUAAGUUACUUCAUGUACUAGUAAUUAAAGAUUAUAUACUUUGGUAAGUAAAGAUUAUAACAGAUUUUGUUAGAUAUACUUCAGGAAUUCUAGAUUUUGAUAUCUAAACAAAUGUUUUAUUGAAAAACAGUGGAAACAAGUUUCCCCAGCAUUCAUUAUACUGCCUUAGUUCUUUGACUCCACUAUGAAACUGGACUGAGGUAUUGUAUACUAAUGUUUUAUAUCAGAAUGGUUUGAGCAAAUUUUUCAAGGACUGUUUAAAACUGCAGCCAUUAUUUGUGGAUUUAGUGGGUCUACAAUUGAAGAACUAGUGUGUUUCUUGUAGGUUUGUAAAUUUUCAAGUGAAGAUUUGCUGGGGGGAGGGUAGUGGGAAUGGAGUAGAAGGAUUCUGUAAAUGUGUUUACCCUUGUAAUAUGUCUCAAAUGCAUAGAUGACCUUGGACUUGCUGUUUUUCAAAGCCUGUAAUGCAGUAUAGAUUUUGUUUGCACUUGGGCACAGUAUAUUGUGUUCCAGGUUUGCAAAUGUGUGGAAGUGCUACUCAUCUGUGUGUCACAGUCAACUGAUUUCUUUGUAAAUGGGGAAUUUUGACAGAUGUGCUAACAUAAAGUUAAAUCAAAUGAAACCAGGCUAGUACACAUCAUGGGUUAUUUUGCCUGCAUAGUACCUCCCCUGUAUAUUUGUAUCAGCAUAGUAUCCCUUCAGUAGACUUCCAGCUCUUCCAAAGAAUUCUGUAAUUCGGUAGUUUUCCCCCCAGUUACCCACAUAUUCAGAAUAAGAAAAGUGCCUGUGGUAGUCAUGUGGCUCAUAACCCCUGCUGAUGUGGCUUCUUUGAUAUAAAUUGUAGUAAUGCACUCAUAGAAGUCUAAUUAUCCACUUCCACUCUUUCAGACAGCUUGUUCAUUAUACCUUCGAUAAUCUCUUCCUACCCCUCUCCCAGCACAUGCAUAGGCAAACUGUUCCUUAGAAUGUGUUUGCUUGUAUGACCCUCUCUACAUUGCUGUAAGCCAGCUGGAGACUGGACUGCUAGUGUCCUCAGGAAUCAGAAAUGCACCGAGUAGAGUUAUUGCCUUACCCAAGAAGAAAUGGGGAGGAAUAUGCUAUUUAUGAUUGUUUUUGUACAGAAUUUUGGAGUACUGAGGUAGAAGGGUGAGACAUUUAAGCUACUUGGAAUAUGACAAAAUUUUCAUUGUGGCGCAGUAACAUAGUUUGAAAGAUAGAUGUUUUCAUUACUAGGUAGUUUUUAAUCUCCUAACAUGGGGUUUCCUCAGUUUGGGGGAAAGGAUUGCUGUCAUUCAAGAAACCGUGUAUUUUAAAUCCUGUGGAGGAUCAGGAACUUGUGCUGGGGAGAAGAUUAUUAAACUGGCACUAUUUGAACAGAGUGAGAUGUUAAUGCAUGUGCAGUUUAACAUAUGAGCUUAGGAGUCUGCAUUGUGUUUGCAUCAUGCAUGCUUAAUGGGCUACAUUGCAUAUAUAUUUGGCUACUGGGGCCCAAGACAUCUACAGACAAAACAUUUCCAUGUGUCAGUAUUUUGUUAGUCAUUUAGGUUCAUUGUACCUAACAGUGCAGCUGUUUGUGUUCUGCAGGUCAUUCAGAAUUUCUGUAUGUGGUGGUACAUUUUAUGUGUGAACACCUUCAAAGCCAUAAACUAUAUUCAUUUUCAUUUUGCUGUACUUAAGCCUCUUAACUCUUGGGAUCCCCUAUUUAAAUUGUGAGACCCAUAGUUUAGAGUCAAUAUAAUCAUGAAAGUAAGCUUUAAAAGCUGUCUUUUCUUGCAGAAGGGAUUAUUCUCAUACUUUUAUGUAAACUAUGUCUGUGGUUGCUGUACUUCAGGCAAAAUGGCAACCACAGUGUCAACUUUCACAGUUGGGGAUUUACAAUCCUGGGUUUUGAAGAAAUGUGAUUGCAUCCCAGUUCUUCAGUAAUGGCGCUUGAUAUUUUAAAAGAAUAUUUAAUAAGCAUAUGCAGUUAAAAUAGACAUGUUUAGUAUUAAUUUUAAAUGUGAACAGGAAACACUUUAUAUUUCUGAGUUUUAUUAACACUACACUGCACACUUUGGUGAAAGUAUACACAUGUUUAGAUUAGUAAAGGUUAAUCAUUCUGCUUAUUUUACAGUUUUCUGCAAUGCACUAUCCAUAUAUUUUUAUAAAUAAAGAAAACUGAUGGUAAGAGA